AUGGCGUACAAUCAAAGCUUCCAACCUGUUAAGUCAGCUCUUAUCACCUCAACAAGCUCAGCAAAUUUGAUAGCUUCCAACAACGCGUCUCAAAAAUCUUCAAAAUAUGGUGAACUAAGUUCAAAUAGUGGUAUCGAAAGUGAUUGGGUUGUGUUUUCCCCAAGCGUGGAAGAGAGUGGUGAAGAGGAUGAUGAGUCCGAGGUGUUAUCAACCACAAAUGAGUAUGAUGAUGAUAACGAUGGCGCUCAAGAAAGUGAUGAUGAUGAAGAUUCAUUAAUAGAUUCUUUAGAUACAGAUCAAGGAUUGAAAUUAUCAUUACCUACACAUGAUGGUUCAGGAAAUUUCAUGAAUUCUUAUAAUGAUGAGAUUAAUAAUGUUGUUGCCCUAGGAGAUUCUGGUGAAACUGAAGAUGUUGAUGUUUUCAACAAUAGUUUAUCAAAAGAAGAUUUCAUCACGAAUAGAAUUGAUAGUUGGAGACGUGAACAAGCUAAAUUAUUAAUUGAAGAAUUACAAAACUCCAAUUCAUCAGGUUCAACAACAACAAGAGAACAGACUCCUACAAAUGACUUGUUGGCAUCUUGGGGUGUUGAUGAUAGAGACCCUAUUGAAUCAAACUUGGAUGGCGAUGAACAAUCAUACACUAAACCAACACAACAAAGACACGAACAAAGACAAGUACAGAGUAAACCAUAUAAACAUGAUAAUUCUCAAAGAUUUUAUGGUGAUGAUAUUUUUGAAAAUUAUAGUGAAUGGGAAGUUAGUAUGAUUAAAAAAGUUGCACAACAAUUAUCAAGUUCUUUAGUUCGUGAUAAUAGAAGAAAUGAUCAUUCAAUGGAUUAUCAUACAGGUAUGAGAUCAAGAAGAUCUUCAUUACUAUCAAAUUUAUCUAAAAAUGCUAUAAAUAAAUAUUUGAUUGGUAAUAAUAAUAACUAUUCUUCAAGUUCAUAUUUUUGGAAAAAAGAUUUAAGUUCUGCUCAUUCAUCAAUUUCAACAAAUUCAAUAAUGUUUGGUAAUAGUUGGGGUGAUGUUGCAUAG